AUGGCCGAAGGGCCAGACCCGGCAGGGGACGACCAGCGCCGCGGGCGAGGGCGCCCAAGGAAGGACGCAAAUCUACCCGACCUCAGGGUCGAAGAGCCGACCCCCUCGGACACCUCGGAUGCCCACUCGGGGAGGUCAGUCAGGGCCUCUCGCCGAACGGAUGAGCGCGGGAGAGACGCUCCACCAGCCUUUGAGGAUCUCCCAGAGCAAUACCAGGGACUACCACCACCACUGCUCCGGGAUCCACCACCGGUCCGACCGGACACGCGGCAACUUUUCCAGGAGCCUCCCCCUCCCUUCCCAGAACAGCCACGGCCCGGGCGAGCGCCACCCAGCCGUGAGGAUCCACCACUAUACCGCGGACCCCCCCGAGGCCACCCGCCAAGGGAGAGGGACCCGGACUACCGCCAACAUCGGAGACCCGUGCGCCCAGAUCCGAGUGAGUUCAGGGUGACCUCCGACGAGGAACUCGACGGCUAA